CACCAUGGAGAAACCAGACGCUAGUGUUCACGUCGAGACCGAUGUGCCCGUCAAGGGGGUGGCCAAUACGGCGUUGGCAGUGACCACCUUUGAGAAGCCAUCGCUAUGGACCAAGAGCAUGUUCAAGCUGUACUGCUGCAUCGCCGUGGCCAUUCUCAACUCCUGCAUCAACGGCUACGAUGGAUCCCUGAUGGGAUCGAUUAACAGCUAUGCCCAGUACCGUGAUUACUUUGGCUUCGACCCGAAUAACGGUACGCCGUCUACGGGUAUCGUGUAUGCCAUCUACACCAUCGGCAACAUCGUCGGCUCGUUCUGCGCCGGUCCAUUCACUGAUUUCAAAGGAAGAAGAGUCGGCAUGGCCCUCGGCGCCAUCUUCAUCAUCGUCGGCACCAUCAUCCAAGCGACCUGCCACAACCUCGGCGGGUUCAUGGGCGGUCGCUUCAUCCUGGGAUUCGGCGUCGCCAUCUCCGCCACCGCCGGACCAGCCUACGUCUCGGAAAUCGCCCAUCCCGCCUACCGGGGCGCCAUGACGGGUCUCUACAAUGUGCUAUGGUUCGGUGGUGGUAUCCCGGGAACAUUCAUCCCGUGGCGCACCAGCCAACUCGAGGGGACGAUGAGUUGGCGGAUUCCCAUCUGGCUCCAGAUGGUGUUUUCGGGGUUGGUCUUGGUGUUUUGUCCGUUUAUUCCGGAGAGUCCCCGCUGGCUCAUCUCGCGCGACAAACACGACGCCGCCUUGAAAGUCCUAGCGGACUACCACGGCGAAGGCGAUCGGAACUCGCCCAUCGUGCAACUGGAAUACCAUCAGAUGAUCGAGGAUAUUUCCCAGACUGGAUCCGAUAAGCGCUGGUGGGAUUAUCGCGAGUUGUUUAAUACCCGGGAAGUACGGUAUCGGUCCAUGUUGGUAAUUAUCAUGGCAAUCUUCGGCCAAUGGUCCGGCAACGGCCCAGUCAGCUACUACUACCCACAGAUGCUGCGCGGCGCCGGGGUCACCAGCAACAACACCCAACUCCUGCUCCAAGGACUCCAAAACGUCGUCUCGCUUCUCGGGGCCAUCUUCGGCGCCCUCAUCACCGACCGCAUCGGUCGUCGCACCCAACUCCUCACCAGUACCACCAUCGUAGUCAUCCUCUUCGUGAUCGUCACCGCCCUGAAUGCAACCAACGUCGUCGACGGCCCAGACGGUACCCCCAUCGCCAAAAGCUCCGUCACGGCGCGCGCGCAAAUCGCCAUGAUUUUCAUCUUCGGGUUUGUGUAUUCGGCUGGCUGGACGCCCAAUCAGGCGAUGUAUCCGGUCGAGUGUUUGCGGUAUGAGAGUCGGGCGAAGGGGAUGGGGAUGAAUAAUUUCUUCGUCAACAUCGCCUCAUUCUACAAUACCUUCGUCACGGGCAUUGCGUUCACCGGUGCGGGAUGGAAAUAUUACUUUUUGUUUAUUUUCUGGGAUACCAUGGAGGUGGUUGUGAUUUACUUUUUGUUUGUGGAGACGAGUAAGCGUACGUUGGAGGAGUUGACGGUCAUCUUUCAGGAGAAGAAUCCGGUCAAGGCGUCGUUGAAGAGGGAGAGGAUUGUGGUGGAGGAGGAUGGGGAGGGGAAGGAGGUGAGCCGAGUUGAGGAGUAACCUGUUUCUCUGGUAGUUGGGGGUGUGUGUGGUGCAGAGGGGGGGAGAAGGGGGUUAUUGGUGUAGGCAGUGAUGGAGGUAUCAUGAUUGAGUUAGGGAUGGUAUGGUAUCCGUCAAGCAUAUCUAUCCCAUCCAUCAUCCAUAUCCCAAAACAGCGUACCUCAACAAAGAA